AUGGCAACAACUGAAUCUUACGAGUAUGAACGUAAGAAAGGGCUCUGGAAUGCGGAGGAAGACACGGUUCUAAUCAAUUACGUAAAGAAGCAUGGAAAGGGGAAGUGGAACCGGAUCCCUAAAGUAACAGGGUUGAAGAGAAGCGGCAAAAGUUGCAGACUAAGGUGGAUGAAUUAUCUAACUCCUGAGGUUAAGCGUGGAGAUUUCUCAGAGGAAGAGGAAGACCUUGUAAUUCGGCUUCACAAUCUCCUUGGAAAUAGGUGGUCUUUGAUCGCGGGGAGGAUCCCGGGAAGGACAGACAAUCAAGUGAAGAACUUUUGGAACACUCAUUUAAGCAAGAAGCUUGGUGUUCAAAAAAACAAAGUUUGUGUCAUCCCAAAAUGUAUGCCUAUAGUUGAAACAGAGGGUAAUUGCAAUAGUGCAUCAAAGGGGACCAGUGGGGAAGGUAACAAGCUUGUCUAUGAAAGUUGUUGGAGUGAUGAUCUAAUGGACUUUUCAAGCAUGCAUGAGGGGUUUAUGGCAGAUGAUUUUGAGAGCACCUUUUCUUUUGCUAACAGUGUUGAUCUAUGCACUCCUUACUUUGGUGAAGCUUUUCACCAUUGUUUCUUCGGUCUUUGA